AUGUGGAGGAUCAACUUACGGUCACAGCCGUCUCGGCCAGCUCCCCCUUACGAUCCCGCCGUCGAAGCUUGGCUGGAUUCACUCCCGCCGCCAACAGCGAAGCCCUCGUCGAAAGAGCUCCAGCAGUGGAGACUCACCGAUUAUCAUGGCCUCGGCUGGAGCGUUUUUGUUACUUGCAACGUCCUUCGGACCGCAUCCUUGCUCGUUGCUCUCUCCGUGAUAGGCAUCAUCGCCUCCGUCACCGCCGGGCGGCAAGGUCCCUUGGGCGCCUUCGAACGCCUGGUCCCAGUUCUAGUAGUGUGUCCCGUGGUUGCUCUCUGGAACACGGCCGAGUUGGUUGUGGCAGGUCUCCGCCGGGAUGGCGGGAUUCCGCCCAAACUUCACAUUGGAGUCGACGGCGUCCUCUUCCUGGGUGUAGCGACUGCGACGGGCACGCUACUAGUGGAUGUCAUCUGCGGCAUCACUGACUUUGGGGCCAUCUUCGACACGGCAGGAGAAGAGAUUGCCAGCAUCUGCCUCUUGAUUGUCAUGAUGGUGAUCCACUCGUUUCUCCUAUUCUUCUUCAUUUGCCACUACGUCGAGAGCGUACGGAAUAGGUCGACAACCCCAGCGACGACAGGCCCAGGUGUGGUGCCGCAGUAUGCCGAAAACUCCGGGCCAUGGCCUUCCGCUGAAUAUACAGCAAGCAACACAGGACCGCACGCUACGCCGGAGGCCCUGAAGGCCCUACCAAUUACCUCAACUUUGGAGCUGCGAGACUCAUACCAGAAGCCCCAUUACAAAACACAAGUAAUUGACGUCCCCUCACAACCGGGGCCAGCAACUGGGCUGCCCCCAGCCGCAGUCUUGGAGGGGACAGCGCUAGCACAGGCAAUGUCGGGGUUGUGGGACGUGGAAGCGAAAUCACCUCAUCAAACCAGGUGGUCCGGCAGCGACGAGAAGACCGUCAGCGGCAACGCCGUCCAGAGCGUGGGCGGAUAUUGGAUGUAA